AUGAGUACUGGUGAGGACAAUGAUGUUCUACCAACAGAGGAAUGUGAUAUAGUCCAUACUACAUGGACCGCGGCGGCUCCAGAUUAUGCAAAAGCUCAAGCUGCUAAUAAAUCUUACCAAAACUUUCCUCUGGGAAAACCAAAAAAUGUUGGACAAAAACCUGAGCAUCAAACCGUGGCUUUUAUAAAGCGGGAGGAAGACGGCGAUGUGGUAGAACUUACAAACGGACAAGUCAGAACAGAACCUAAGCGUAAUAAAAGUUUUGAUCAUGUUGAUGCGUUUUAUGAUGAAAUGAUAGAGAAUGAUAACUUGGAACAGCCUUUCAAGCUUACUAAUACAGUGCUAGAAACAUCUCAUAAACAACCUAUAUAUGCGGCAGCUUUUAACCAUUAUCAAAAGGGGAAUAGAGCACAGUUAGCAACUGCGGCGAGAGAGAUGAUAAGUGUGUACGAUUGUUCCGUGGAUUACCAUGAUCUAUCGUUGGUGCGGAGUUUCGUUGAUAACAAUUCUGAAGAAUCUUAUUUUGCUAUAACUUGGUGUUAUGAUGUUGUCGCUCAACGAAGUCUCAUUGUGGCAGGUGGUUACAGUGCUUUCAUUAAAGUCAUUGAUCCUGCAAAUGGCGAACUUGUCCAGGAAUUGUGGGGUCAUGGUGAUGUUAUCAACGAGAUUCGAACUGAUCCUUCAAACUCGAUGAUCAUUGCCUCAGUAUCGAAAGACACCACUGUCCGUAUAUGGAAUAUAAGGGUUGGGCUGUGUCUUGUUGUUUUUGGUGGUAUUGAAGGACAUAUGGACCAAGUGUUGUCAUGUGAUUGGUCUCCUGACAGUAGAUUCUUAGUGUCAUGUGGAAUGGAUCAUUCCGUUAGAAUGUGGUACAUAACUCCUGCUGCUAGAGACUUGAUUGCAUUCAGUCUGCAGAGAGAGGGUGAGGCAACUCUUCGAUGUUACAGACCUGGACAUCACGCUAAUAAAAGCUUGCCAACCAAGCAUAUUUAUUAUCCUAAUGCUUGGACCACUGAUCUCCAUUGUGAUUAUGUUGACUGUGUUAGAUUUGUCGGUUGGCAUUUAAUUUCCAAGGGAUCUGAGAGAGUUGCUAACAUUUAUCGCUUUGGGCACCACAAUGAACCUUAUGAUCAAGUGUUUAGAAUAAAGGCUGACAGUGCUUGUACAAGAAUCGCGCAGCUCAAUUUGCCAGCAUGUGACGUUUGGUUCUUGAAGUUUGAUAUAGAUCCAGUUGGAAGAUGGGUUGUCUUUGGUUCUAAGAGUGGACACUUGCACUUUUUCAAUAUCAGAGAUAGAGAUUCUCCUGAAGGCGAUGCUGAUUACGUAGUGCGUGUUGGUAAUUCUCCUAUAAGGCAAGUAGCCUUCGGAGCUUCCGGUAGAAUUUUAAUCGCUGUGACUGACGAUUAUGAAAUUUUCAAGUUGGAGCGAAACGUUCUGAAUGAUUACGGCUCUCAAAAGAAGAUAAAUGCUUCCUCGGUGUGA